UUGCCUUUUCUGCCAAGGUUAAAAAUAAGUCCAAGGACGGUGUUUGGCAUUUGAAUCAAAACAUGUGCAUUAGGUUAGCUUUCAUCAGCAAAAUAAAUGACAUAAGAGACAAUAAAAACAUGGCUGAUCCUUUUUAUACAGGGGAAUUAUUUAUUGACCAGGGAGUAACAGUGAAGCAAGAGCCAUUGGUAAUGGACAGCACUAGUAGCACAACAGCUAGUGUCCCAAUACCACAUCGUAGAGGCAUGGAUCUUUCAGAUUUUAGAGACUUUGGAUUUGACUUUGUGGAUAUCUCCUCACCAUCGUCUGUAUCUCAAGACAAUACACCAAAUGCUACCAAUAUUGUUAGUGUCACAGAACUGUAUGCAGAGUCUCCAGUGUGGACCACAAAAUUGCCUAGUGAUUGUGAAACCAGUAGAAGUGAUACAUUUCGAAUGGAUGAUGAUGAUAUCUUCCAAGUUGAUAAAGCAGAUCUUAUUCAAGGACCUACACUUGCAGAAUUGAAUGCAAAUGAUGAGAACUUGUUGGAUGAUUUGAAUUUUGAUGAUCUGUUAUUGCCAGAAGAAAAUAGCUACUACAUCAAUGUGCCGCCUUUUGCAUCACAGUCAAGGACAUCUGCUGCUCCUCCACUUGUCCAAGUCACAAAUGUGAACUCUAAUUUAGGAAAUAAUAAUGUAGCACAACUUUCCCAGAGCCUUGUUCCAUCUUCAUUUCCACCAGCUGGACUUGGUUUUUACAAGGAUGCAUUCAGUGUAUCGUCAAGUGUGCCAUCCAGCCCAUUGGACGUUUUUUUGAGUGGCAAACCUAGUAAUGGUGUUCAGACAGUUGAUGCUCUUUCACCAGGGAGUCAAAACAGCUCUAGUUCUUCGUUGCUUCUUCAUUCAGCAGCAUCGUCUGUCACCCCUCCACCUCUUGGAGUCAGCCCCUUGCAGCAGAAACACAGUACCCUACAUGAACUUUUACUCAAAAAGGAAACAUACUCUUCAGCAUCACCGGAGAGGCAGCUUUUUGUUCAGUCAGUUCCAGGACCACUCAGCCCAACUAACUCUGUAAGUCCUGUCCCAGAAGUGCCAUCAGGUAGUAGAAUAACAAGAAGCGGUAAUACAGGAUAUGGAUCAAGAUUAUCGUCGUCAGCUCCAACUCAUCUGGGACUGGAACAAAUUUGGCAGCGCAGGGAACCUCGGCAGCAUCUUCUUUCUACUGGAUCAUUAGCUGAAGCAGGAUCCACUUCUUCAAUCUCUACAGGUGGUAUUUUAAGCCCCGAGUCUCAUGAAUUUUCUCAUGAUGAGGGGUUUGAUUCUGAAGAUGACAGCGAUCAUUAUGAGGACUUCUCUUCAGAUGCAGAUUCAAGUGAUGGAGAAGAUGGACCUUCACGAUCUAUGUCAAAGAAAGAACGUUACUUCUGGCAGUAUAAUGUACAAGCGAAAGGACCAAAAGGGCAGCGGCUUGUGCUUAAGACAAAGCUGGAAGACCCACAUGUCCUGAAUGAAGUAACAGAUCCUGUAUUUAGUCCUCAGUGCUCAGUUCGAGGCAUUAAGCACAGUGGGAAAGCAAGAAAGGGCGAUGGAAAUGAUCUGACUCCAAAUCCACGUAAACUAUAUAAUAUUGGAAAAGAAUUGGACAAACUGAACCGGAUUAUUAAUGAUAUGACUCCAGUCAGUGAACUGCCCUUCAAUGUGAGGCCCAAAACACGCAAGGAAAAAAAUAAGCUAGCUUCCAGAGCUUGCCGACUUAAGAAGAAAGCUCAACAUGAGGCUAACAAGUUGAAAUUAUUUGGACUGGAAAAUGAGCACAAAAGGUUAAAUAUGGGAAUAUCCCAGGUGAAACAACUUCUGGCGACAAAGUGCACUACCGAAAAUCCCGAAAAACAAGAAGAACUGACUAGACAAAUCGAGAAGAUAAGCAGAACUGUGACAAAAUUCAAGAUUGCUGGUCACACAACAGACUUUGUCAAUAAAGUAUUGGAGAAAAUGAAAAAUGGUGUACCAAAUGGUGGACUGGAUGACCUUCAGAGUAUACAUAUGUAAUGUAUCCAGGUACCGUGAACUGUUAAAAACAAGCUUGCAAAGUUGGUCUCAUUGUGAAUAACAAAAUGCUAAGGUGUCAGUAUUGCCCAUUUAUCACAGUUAGCAUAUCAGUUCGAUAUAGUGCUUUCUCACUACUUCUUUUGAUAAUUCUUUAAGUGAGCAGUUCUUAAUAAUGACUAAUAUUGAAGAAGAAACUAUUAUACACAAUAUCUGGGACAUAUUUAUUCAUUCAGAACAAAACAUAAAAGCAAAGGCAGAAAAAUGCCUAUUUUUGAUUGUAAGAGGAAGGACAAAAAUAAUGUAUGGUGUUUAGUAAAUAAUGAAGAAAUCAGAAGGAUUAAGUAGAAUUUAUAACAUUCAAUUACUCAAUGUUAGUUUGAUAACUGUAUUCUGCAGUGGAACAAUUAUAUAAUCAUAGAGCUAAAUAUACCCUGUGAAUAUAUUUCAUAUACAUUUUUAUCAAUAUUGUAAUGUAUAUUCUCAGAUAUGUAUAAAUUUGUGGGAAGCAUUAUCUAGUAGGUAUCAGGUAUAGUAUUUUGAUGGAAUGCAAAUUGCCAUUUGGAUAUAAAAGUAUUGCUUCUAUGUGUAUAAACAUUUAAUAUUCAUCUAAAAAUCACCUACAAGACAUUUAAAUAAAUGUUAGGAUUGAAUGGUUGUUUGCAAUUACUUGUAGUAUGUAGGUAAUUAACGGUAUGAGGAUACAGAAGGAAACUUAUGUAUGAUUUCAAAGUUGCUUUCACAUCUAGAGUGGAAACUGUAUUUUGCUACUUAUUUUUUUUUUCUUUUUUAAAUAGUUAGAAUAAUUGUGUAUAAUUUCAAAUUCCAGUAGAGGUGAAAUUGGUGUGAUAUCAGCAAAUGAAUGCCAUUGUGGGUAUCAUAAUUGGCUCUUUACUGCAGUUUGACACAAACAGGGAAUGGGGAGAAAUUAUAACAGUAUUUUUCUUUUUGUUUUUGCUUACUUCUGGGCAGAGCAUAAAGAGCAGUGAAUAAUAAGGUAAUUUGUAACAGUACUGUUCGCUGUUGUAGCACUAAGAUUUUUUCAUCAUAGUGUGUGACUUCACAAAAUGUGAUAGUGAAUUGUGAUAUUCUAUACAGAUGUGUGUAUUUAUAUAUUCGUAUUUUGAAGAUGUGCAAGGAUAUUUUUUAGUACUUUUUAGAUUAUUGAUUUACAAAUUUAGAGAGAUGUAAGAGGAAUGAAUGUGAAGAAAUAUUUAUUGUACAGUUUUACAGAAAACCACUAUUUUCAGAAUUUUACAGGUAGAUAAUGCUAUGAAACAGUGUCUAAUAGGAAGCUGAAUUUAUUAGUGUUAUACAGGUUUCAGUAUUUGUAAAUAAAUGACCUUUUUUUUUAAUUUUCUAGUAGCAAAGUAAUUGCAAUUUAUAAUAUUAUAUUUUCUUUAUUAAGUUGAAUCUGUAAUUAGCAAGGUAACAACAAGGUUCUUGCACUGCUUCUUUUUAUAUUGCUAUCUGAAUAUGGUACAGUAUCAAGCUGAUUACUUAUGCUGCUAUACUGUCUGCAUUUUGCUGAUCACAAACUGUGCAGUAACUUAAUAAAUAGUUCCUAAAAGUAUACAUGUCCAAUGUGUACAUAAUUUCUGUAGUGUGGCAAUUGUUGUUACAUGCAAACUUGUAUGUAAUGAGACAUUAUUUAUGUGUUUGUACAGUACUUACAAAAGUUUAUUUCUGUUCUGAAAGUUUUUUGUGUAUAUGUGUGCUUUAAAAUUAUUAUUAUUAUUAUUAUUAUUAUUUUUUUUUUUACUCUGACAUGAAUCGGCUAACAUUCUUUGUAUCGUACAUGGCCUCCAUAUCUGUAGUAUUUGUCAAAUUUAUGUAUUACUUCAGAGCCAGAACAUAUUUUUAUAAAGUGUCAACUAGUCAUACUAUUCAGUCAUAUUGUAUGCCAGCUAUGUAAAUAACUAUUUUAAUGCACAACUGAUAAUUGUGAUGUUAUGUAAAUAGAUACAAAUUUUAAUUUACUGCCUUCAUGUACAAAAAAUCUUGUUAAAUGUUAAUAAAUGACUGCUGUGUUUUGAAGCCAUAAACAUCUUCCUGUUUCCUUAUAUGUGCACAUUUCAUGUACAAUUCUAACCCAUUUUUGUGGCUGAUUGAAUAUGAUUGUUAGAUUACCUGUUCCUGUUUGUAUCCAGAAAAUGCAUCUGUCAUUGUUAUUUCUUUGAAAGUGAACUUGCUUUUUUGUAAGAGAUGUUCACAUUAUUGUGGUGAUGCCUAGGUAGAAACUUCUGGAAAUCGUACUGUGUAAGACAGUCUCUGGAUUGUUGAUUAUCCCUGUGCAAUAUAUGCAAUAUACAGGCAUCAAUAUACCAAAAUAAGUUUUCAGUUUAUUCACAAGAUUUCUAAGGUUGACACUAAUUCUUUUCUCAAUUAGUUUUCACGUGAAAGCUAAUUUGUUCACCCAGUCACAAACUGAAAUGUCUUGUAAUUUUUACUCAAAUUUUGGCAUAAUUUUAGGAGGUUAGUGUUAGAGAAGUGAACUUUCAGGACAUACUAUAUUUUUUAUAACAUAUUAUUUUACUCUCAAAAGAAUUGUGGUAUCCGUACAUUUGAACACACAACAUGCAGAAAACCAGGUAAUUAUAGUUCUGUCAAGUCAAUCUGUUGCGAGUUGUUCAUUCCCAUCGUUUAGCAAAUUUGUGGGUCAUAACAUUUUAUUUGUGCAAAAUUGUUUUUGCACAUUAUCAGCACUGAAUCCCUAACAUAGGUACCUCCCCCCC